AUGAUGAUGCAAGGUGUGUUUCUCUAUGACUAUAUUAGUAGUGUUGAUAAAUUGAAUGAUACAUGUCUACCGUCCAUUGAGAAAUUCUACAACAAAUUGAAUUAUGAAGAGAUAAGUGAUGAACAAUAUCUACACGCUCAACUAAUAUGGUCCACAUUCAAUUGUCAAUCAUUGAAAGAUUAUAUGAUGUUAUAUCUUAAAACUGAUAUUAUGCUUUUAGCCGAUGUGCUUGAACAAUUCCGCAAUAGCUGUAUAAAAGAGUAUGAAUUAGAUCCUAUUCAUUUUUACACCCUUCCGGGUUAUACCUUUCAAUGUAUGCUUAAAACAACAAAAAUCAAAUUAGAAAUCAUUAAAGAUAUUGACAUAUUACUAUUCAUAGAAAACGGUAUAAGAGGUGGAAUAAGUCAGUGUUCAAACAGAUACUCUACGGCUAAUAACAAAUAUAUGGGGCCAAAAUUCGAUGUUAAUGAACCUGAAAAGUAUUUACUCUACUUAGAUGUGAAUAACUUAUAUGGUUGGGCUAUGAGUCAGUUUUUGCCAUAUGGGGGAUUCAAGUGGACAGACACAAAUAUAGAUAUUACACAAAUACCUGAUGAUGCUCCCGAGGGAUAUAUUUUAGAGGUUGAUUUGGAAUAUCCCGCCGAAAUACACGACAAGCACAAAGACUUGCCAUUCUGUGCGGAAUCACGUAUCCCACCUGGAUCAAAGUUGCCUAAAUUAUUAACUACCCUUUAUCAUAAAAAAAAUUAUAUCGUGCAUUAUAGGACGUUGAAACAAGCCUUGAGUCAUGGACUUGUUUUGAAAAAAGUCCAUAGAGUUCUUCAAUUCAAACAAUCUGCCUGGCUCAAAAUGUAUAUUGACAAAAAUACACAUUUGAGGCAGACAGCAAAGAACAAUUUUGAAAAAAAUCUUUUCAAAUUAAUGGUUAAUGCUGUGUAUGGGAAAACGAUUGAAAACGUCCGGAAGCAUAGAGAAGUUAAAUUGGUCAACAAAUGGUAUGGCAGAUAUGGUGCAAUGAAUUUGAUUUCUAGCCCUUUCUACAAGGAUAGAAUGAUCUUCGGAGAAAAUCUAGUCGCUAUUGAAUUGCAAAAGCGUUUAAUCACAAUCGAUAAACCAAUAUAUGUAGGAAUGUCUGUAUUAGACAUUUCAAAGGUUUGCUUGUACGAAUUUCAUUACGAUUAUUUCCAACCUAAUUUCAAAGAAAGUAUAUUGAAUUAUGUAGAUACUGAUAGUUUAACUUAUGAGGUAUCAAAUCAAAAUCCCUAUGAGUGCAUAAAACGAGAUUGCUACGCACGCUUUGAUACAUCUGACUAUCCUAAAGGAAAUCCAUAUGGAAUUCCUCAAGUCAAUAAAAAAGUAUUGGGUUUGAUGAAGGAUGAGAAUAAUGGUAAGAUUAUGACCGAUUUCGUAGGAUUAAGAUCAAAAAUGUACUCAUUUCGUGUUGAUAAAGAGGAAAUAAAAAAAGUGAAAGGCAUAAAGCGGAAUGUGAUUGAAAGCCUUUCUUUCGAUGACUACUUGAAAUGCUUGAUUGAUUCCAACACUAAAUUAGUAAGACUGGUUGUCCGAUCAACGAUUUGA